CCCUGUGCAAGUUAAAAACAAAUACAUUAAACCCUUAAACUCGUGGACCCGAGCUUAGCAGGGCAAAGAACAUUCACGUCCAUUUUAGCUAUAUGUACAGCACCCGAGACUCUCCCAGUCGGUGUAUGUGACCCUGUGGCUGUCCUGGAUGUCCCCCAAUCUGGUGUGGUCGGGGGAGGGAUGCGGCCCCUUAACUUGACCCUCGUACAAGUGGGGGACAGUUCUCAAGCCAUGACAUCCCCCUCAAGCCAGCUCAGCUCCUAGCCCUGGGAGCUGCAUUCAGACUGAGCAGCUCCCCUCUGACCCCACCAAGCAAAGUAGUCAGAGCCAGGGGUGGCUCCAGGCCCCAGCACGCCAAGCGCGACUGGCAGAGCGCCCCCCGCGGCAUGUCGCCGUGCUUGGGGCAACAAAAUGUCUAGAGCCGCCCCUGGUCAGAGCCUCGCUAGUCUCUCCCCGUGGGGCAGGUUUUCCAGACCUUCCCCCCCCGUGACAGACCUGCCACUGACUGUCUGUGCGGGAGGGGGGUUGCCAGGAUUAGAAAGCGGGGUGCUGGGAAGCUCUCUUGGGGCCCAGCUAGGGUUACCAGAUGUCCCGAUUUUAUAGGGACAGUCCUGAUUUUGAGGUCUUUUUCUUAUACAGGCUCCUAUUACCCCCCCCCCCCAUCACAAUUUUUCACAUUUGCCAUCUGGUCACCCUAGGCCCAGCUCCCUCUGGGGGGUGAGGCUGACUAUUCUCCAGGCUCUGCCAGGCAAAGUGAAUCUGCAGGGAACAGCAGGAAGGAGGCGAGGCCAAGCAGCCGCCUAAGAUAAAGGGAAAGCCCCAGCGCCCCUGGCCUGGGCUGGGGGCUGACACACAUUCUUGUUGCCUAAUUAUCUCCUCUGAGGGAGCUGGAUUCCAAGGGACAAAGCAUCCUCUAAGAGGGCUGGGACUGGGACCCGUUCCAGAGCCCCGCAGGGGGCGGGAGAGGAGCUGGCGGGUGAGGGAGGGGAAAGGGGAGGGCUGAAAAUAAUAAUAAUAAUAAUAAAACUUCCUGCAGUUCUCAGGAGAACAUGGGCCAGAGAUAUAGGAAGCAAUCGAGGGCCUUUAUCGUGGAAACACAGGCUCAGGGAGCAGGAUUCCUGGCCAGCUGCACGCCCAGCCUCGGAGCUGUCAGACGCCACAUGUCAGCAGCAGCAGCCGAGCAGGGGGAGUACUCAGUGUCCCACACCAGGCAGCACAGAAGCAGGGAAACGUGCGUGCACGUGAAGUUCAAACCAGACCCUUUCAGCUGGGUAGGAAUAAGCCCCCUGCAAGGUGAGCAUGGGAGCCGGGGGAGCCCUGCUGUGGUUAGUGGGGGCUGCAUGGGCUGCGAUGGCUCUGGGACUUGGGUCCCACCUGAAAGGGAAGAACAGCCUUGAUAGACCUCAGCACCAGGUGCAGCAUGGGCCCUGCAGCUACACCUUCCUGCUCCCAGAGCUUGGGGGCUGUUACCCCUCCACCGCCGAAUACCAGGUCUCGAACUCGCUGCAGAGAGAUGCUCCGUCCGUGCCUGAGCCCAAGUGGCCAGCCAAGCGGCUCCAACAGCUGGAGAACAUCAUGGAAAACAACACUCAGUGGCUGCAGAAGCUGGAGAGCUAUAUCCAGGAGAAUGCGAAAAUGGAGCUUGCCGAGAUCCAGUUCAAAACGGUGCAGAACCACACAGCUGCCAUACUGGAGAUCGGGAGCAGCCUCCUGAGCCAGACGGCUGAGCAGACCCGCAAGCUCACCGAUGUGGAGACGCAGGUUCUCAAUCAGACCUCAAGGCUGGAGAUCCAGCUGCUGGAGAACUCUCUGUCCACUAACAAGCUGGAGAAACAGCUGCUGCUGCAGACCCAGGAAAUAAACAAGCUCCAGGAGAAGAACAGCUUUCUGGAGAAGAAAGUCCUGGACGUGGAAGCCAAACACGAGGAGGAGCUGCAAGGGAUCAAAGCUGAGAAGCUGGAGAUGCAGAGUCUGCUGUCCAAGCAAACCCAGCUCAUCCGGGAACUGGAGCAGCACCUCGCCACAGCCUCAGCCAACAACACGGUGCUGCAGAGACAGCAGGCGUCUCUCAUGGACACAGUGCACCGGCUCCUGAGCCUGGUCUCUCAGGGCAACAAAAUCUCCCCAGGCCCGCAGGAGGAGCAGAAGGUGUUCCGGGACUGCGGGGCUGCGUACAAAUCGGGCCUCACUGCCAGCGGGGUCUACACGCUGCACUUCCCCAACUCCACAGUCACCACCAGGGCGUUCUGCGACAUGGAGACCAGCGGGGGAGGCUGGACUGUCAUCCAGCACCGGAAGGACGGCUCCGUGGACUUCCACCGCACCUGGAAGGAAUACAAACACGGCUUUGGGUCCCCAUCUGGAGAAUACUGGCUGGGAAAUGACUUCAUCCACCGGCUCACCACUCAGGGCUCCUAUUCCCUCCGAAUCCAGCUCCGGGACUGGGACAGCAACGAGGCCUACUCCCUGUACGGGCAUUUCCAGCUGGGCAGCGAGGAGCAGCUCUAUCGGCUCCACGUGCGGGACUACAGCGGGACGGCCGGCAGGACGAGCAGCCUCAGCCCCCCGGGGACGGCCUUCAGCACCAAGGAUGCCGACAACGACCGCUGCGGCUGCAAGUGCGCUCAGAUGGCGACCGGAGGCUGGUGGUUCGAUGCCUGCGGCCCCUCCAACCUGAAUGGGAUUUACUACCCCGCUAGCCCCGCGACGCUCCGCUACAAUGGCAUGAAGUGGCACUACUGGAAAGGGCCCAGCCACAGGCUCAAGGCCACCACCCUGAUGAUCCGGGCUGCAGACUUCUGAGAGGCCCCAGACGGGCCGACGGGCUGGGGCUGGGGCUGGGGCUGGGGCUGGGGCUGGGCCGUCCCUGCAGGGAAGACGGGCUGGGCUGCGGCUACACCAAGGCUCCUGUGGCACCACGUGAACGGCCUCCAGCAUGUGGGUCUGGCCCUGAAGGGCGAGCUUGCACAGCGCUCUGGACACUUGCUUAGCCCUGCCUCUGUGCGGUGCCUCCUCCCCCAGCACCAGAAGCUCAUUCCCGGGCGCCGGCCAUCGAGGAUGGGCCUGAGCAGAGGCAGCCCCCUCCCACUUGUCCAAACACAGCCUGCGUCUAGGUCUUAAUCUCCUCCCCGUUCAGGAGCUGGCUCACAAACAUCCUGCUGUUUCCUGGGGAGCCGGGGGCUUGUGAUACUGGUGUCAAGUUGUUCAGAUAAAGCAUCUGUGGAGAGUGCA